AUGGCUGUUGGUGGCAACGAGUUAGAACAAUUGAUGAGCAAAUUAGAUGCUCUGAAGGACAAACUAAAAGAAGUCGAGUACAGUGUGAAAAAUUCAAUCAAGGUGAUGGAUUUAAAACUCAUGUCCCCAAAGCUUGCGGGAAUUGAAAAUAAUAAUGAAGGAGCUUGCCGCUUUUUGCAGGAAACGGAACAACGUAUGGAGAAAACUUAUGCCAAACUUGAACAAGAUAUGAAAGAAAGAGACGUAACUCUCCAGAUGAAGUUAUCACAAUUAGGAACAAAUAUGCAAACGAUGGACAGUACAUUGCAGGAGGCAAUGAAGCAAGGGGUGCAAAAUCUGAAAUCUACUGAAGCGAAGUACUUGUCAAAAUUCGAUGAACUGGAAAACAAACUGAUAAGUAAAACGAAUAAUGUUGAACAACACCGUAACGAUCUGGAAAAUGUGGCAACGGUUGCGGCAAUCGAGUAUACGACACAAGUAGAUGACAUUGUACAUCCUAUCUAUUCGUGUAGACAAGUGACAAACAUAUCUGGCACGUAUCUGCUCCGUUCAGGGGAAGAUUCUGAACCAUUCGAGGUGUUCUGCGAGCAAACUAAGUUCGAUGGAGGCUGGACAGUAAUACAGCAUAGGUAUGAUGGUAGCGUAGAUUUUUACCGGAACUGGACGGAAUACCGGAAUGGAUUCGGCAAUGUCGAUGGUGAGUUCUGGCUGGGCCUAGAAUAUAUGCACCAGAUGACCAAAAGCCGAUCGCACGACCUGAUUGUUGAGGUCAAAGAUCUGGAGGGCAACUACGGAUACGCUAGGUACGACGAGUUUGAGAUCGGUAGCGAAGCGGAAUAUUACGCGUUGAAGAAGCUAGGAGCAUACUCCGGAACGGCAGGAGAUUCGAUGAGCUUCAGUAGGGAUACAAUCAGUGGAACGUGA